AUGGAGCAUGUGACGUGCUUCGUGGCUGGCAUGCUGGUGCUGGGGGCUCAGACAGUGGCGGAGGGGAGUGAACACACAGAAGCGUAUAUGAAGUUGGCUAAAGAGGUGAGAAGGGGAGGUGCAACCGUGCAAGUGGCAGGCAUGCUGGUGCUGGGGCCCCAGACCGUGGCGGAGGGGAGUGUGCACACAGAGGCGUACAUGAGGCUGGCAAAAGAGGUGAAAGGGGGAGAUCUGGGACAUACGUGUCACCUCUUCUACAGCACGUCACCCACGGGGCUCAGUGGGGAGGACUAUGCGUUUGGGGAGAAGGGCAUGCGCAUGGAGGGGCGCAAAUACAACCACUUGAGGCCCGAGGCAGUGGAGGCGUGGAUGUACCUGUGGAGGGCCACGCACGACCCCAUCUACAGGCAGUGGGGGUGGGAGGUGUUCCAGGCCUUCCAAAAGCACUGCCGUGUGGAAAACGGCUUCGUGGGGUUGCUGGAUGCCUCUCAGAACCCUCCGCAGCAGGACGACUUGCAGCAUAGUUUCUUCCUUGCCGAGACGCUCAAGUAUCUAUACCUCCUUUUCUCGCCCGAUGAUGUGCUACCUCUCAACCAAUGGGUGUUCAAUACCGAGGCACACCCCCUCAAGAUCAUUGCAAGAAACUCUGAUUUUCCUCCCCGAUUGAGGAUUGAGUCUCAAACGAAGCGUGACGUGCUUCCGGAGGAUGAUUAG